AUGCCGCUGCCAAAGGCACUGACAUGUCACGUUGUUUUGAACAACAUGUGCUCCGGAAAGGAACCACUCAGAGGCAUGUCCCAAUCUACGGCUGGCAGCCGAUCCAACUUCGUUCAAGUUGGCUCUCGCAUACCCGUCCUCACACCGCCUCGAGGCGAUCGAGCUCACCUUGAAUCGUUGAUCUCGGACGUCUGGACACGGGAUAUACUUUUCUGCACAGGCCUUGCAGCACGUCCUAAAGGUGGACACCACAGGCGCCCGUCGGCAUCUUCGAUUAUGCGGAAACUCAGUGUCGCAAGCCUCACCGGUACGUUUAGCAAACGACCGACAUCUCAUGCCUCAUCCCACAAGGCGGCGGGCGUCGAACAUGACAUCCUUCGACAGGUGGAUCUGCUACAGCAACCAGAGGGUGGCUCGGUUGGGGGACAAGGCUUGGUCUACAAGGCUUCGACUGAAUCCAGAAAGAUUGACCAAAUCAAUGUUGCGGUCCAUGAGCGCACGUCCAGCGAUAUUUCCGCGUCGUUUGACAGGCAAUGCGAGCGAUCAUAUUUUUUGGAAGGAAUAACCGAGCGAAUGAAAUACUCUCUCCAAAAAAGAAGCAACCACACUGGAUCAACAGCUGUUGCCGCGAACAUUCCUCGAUCUUCGGCCACUCGAUUCAUUGAAGAGAUGGGGCCACGCAGGUCGGACAGUACGGGAGAAACAGACAACCCUGCUCACCGUGCGGCUACUAUGUCUCCAUCCAUGCCAGACCUCUCCCCUCACGGCUCUCAGUCAACGGCGGACAUUUCGCUGUCCAGCUCCACGGUCCAAAUGAUGCCGCCUUUGACACUGCAGCCACCACGGGCGCACUCGAUAAAGCAAGCACGACACUGGCUAGGAAGGCCGUUACUUCAUCGAAGGAGUUUCCGCCGGUCUACCAAGGAGACACACCAUUGA